AGUUCGCGCGUCCUUCCGUCUGCCGGUCCGUCGGUCCUUCCACUCCAUGGCGCUCCUCGUGCGGCUGCUGGCCCUCGCCCUGGCGCUGGCCCUGGGCCCCGCCGCGACCCUGGCUGGUCCCCCCAAGUCGCCUUACCAGCUGGUACUGCAGCACAGCCGGCUUCGUGGCCGCCAGCACGGCCCCAACGUGUGUGCUGUGCAGAAGGUCAUUGGCACCAACAAGAAGUACUUCACCAACUGUAAGCAGUGGUACCAAAGGAAAAUCUGUGGCAAAUCAACAGUCAUCAGCUAUGAGUGCUGCCCCGGAUAUGAAAAGGUCCCAGGAGAGAAGGGUUGUCCAGCAG